AUGCCUAAAGUAGCUCGAUCUAUUUCAACUAAAAUUUCAAAUGUUAUCCGUGAUUUUCCUAACGAAACUUUUUCGAGUGAUAAUAAUGUACUUUACUGCAAUGCGUGUGAUAUAAGUGUUUCAACUACUCAAAAAUGUCAGAUAACUCAACAUAUCUCAACAUCAAAACAUAAAUCUAACAAAGAACGAUUAGUAAAAAAACAAGUACAAUCAAAGCAGCAAUUUCUUACAUCAUCUUCAAGAUUCUACCAGCCUAUGGAGCGACGAUCCUAUUACGAUGUAUUUCAUACCGUACCGUACAAUGGCCCCUUCUGGGCGUCCAGAAUGUGGCCUGAGGCGCAGAAAUGUAAAAACUACUGGUGGAAAAAUGUGUUGGUGAUCAGUAACUUCAUAGAAAUCGACUACCAGAUCGAUGGUUGGAUCGUCGGUACAUUCAGAACGUAUUUCGCGGGUCACACGUUGUACCUCGUCGUCGAAGCACCAUUUAAUAUAAUAAUAAAAUCCAUAUUUUUUGGCAGGUGGGUGAGUUAGUCCGAUACGUGUGUCAAACUAACUAUGUACACGUAAAACCGAAUCGUUAAUGGACGGUAAGGUUUUUUGUUUCUGUGCUGAAAAUGAUAACUACUGUGCCAAACGGAGAAAUUCCAAGACUGAAAAUAAACCGAACUAUUUGGAUUUAUA